UGUUGGGUUCCGGUGGACCUGAAGAGCCUGGGAAACAGAGCAUGAUGGAAAAUAGAUUCUGGGAGCAAGAACUGGCGGAAGCGUCUCUGAGAAGCACCGUCCACGAGGGUGUGCGGGCCACAAAGCAGGCACUGAGAGAAAGACGCUUUGACCAGGAAGAGUCCGAUUUCUGGAGAAUGGAGUCUGGUGGGACGGGGAGGCAUGUGCGCGUUGCCGGAAGUGACGCUAUUCAGGCGCGUCCCGUUUGGCGCGAGAGCAGUACCUGGCGUUUGGCAGUACCUACAGCCGCAGUUUCUGAGCUCCGGCAAGUAGCGUGCUGCGGUUUUUUUCACGCGGUGUUCUGCUUGAGACCUAGUCGUUAGUUGCGCCUUGGGUUUCCUAGCCGAGGCCUGGCUGUGGCUAGGGAGACGUUGAAAGACCCGGCUUGGAUAGGCCCUAUCGGAGCUCCCAGGGCCCAGCACCGCAGGCUUAGAUCCGGACUCGGAGGGGAGAGGCUGGGAGAGAAGAGCCCAGCAGUAGGAGCAGGUCUGGAGAGUGGGGCUGGAGCUGCAGUGAAACCACGCUGACGCCCAGAGAACUGCUGUAAGGCGGUGGCGCGUGGUGAGACCCAGAUGCUGGAGGAAGGAGAACCACCUUCUCUGGACACUACCCCGAUCCGAGAGAGCACAGGAGAGGAAGGAAUGGUGGCUGGCCUCCUCACAGCUGGGCCACAUGGACCCACACCCUUCAGCAGUAUGACGGUAGCUUUUACCCACGAAGAGUGGAGGCACUCAGUCCCCGUUCCAAGGGACAGGUCCAAGGAGGGGAUACCAGAAAAGUCCAGGAACUUGGUCCUACUGGGACUUCCAGUUUCCCAGCCCGGCAUGAACUCUCAGUUGGAACAAAGAGAAGGCCCAUGGAUGCUGGAGGGAAAGGGCCUAAGGAGUACCUGUCCAGACUGGAAGAUUGUGUCUGAAUCACCAGAGCAAGACAAUUCUGAAGACUCAUUCCAAGACCGAAGUGGAGAGAGGCCCUCUGGGGAGUCAGAUCACAGGCACAGUGAACUGGUGAAAAGCUUCAAUCUGAGACCAGUCCUUUCUCCCCAACAGAGAGUUGCUAUGGAAGUGAGGCCCCGUAAAUGUGAAAUGCAAACAAAGAACUUCAGGAAGAAUUCAAAGAUCAUUAAGUCUCACCGAGUGAAACCGUACACCUGUAAUGACUGUGGCAAAGCCUUCAGCUACUGCUCUUCCCUUUCUCAGCAUCAGAAGAGCCACACUGGGGAGAAGCCUUAUGAGUGCAGCGAGUGUGGGAAGGCCUUCAGCCAGAGCUCGUCUCUCAUCCAGCACCAGAGGGUUCACACGGGAGAGAAACCUUAUAAAUGCAGCGAAUGCGGAAGGGCCUUCAGCCAGAACGCAAACCUCACAAAACACCAGCGAACUCACACUGGAGAAAAGCCCUACAAGUGUACCGAGUGUGAGAAAGCCUUCAGUGACUGUUCGGCCCUCGUCCAGCACCAGAGAAUUCACACUGGAGAGAAGCCCUAUGAAUGCAGCGACUGCGGGAAGGCCUUCCGUCACAGUGCCAACCUCACCAACCACCAGCGGACGCACACCGGGGAGAAGCCCUACAAGUGCAGCGAGUGCGGGAAGGCCUUCAGCUACUGUGCAGCGUUUAUUCAGCAUCAGAGGAUCCACACAGGAGAGAAACCCUACAGGUGUAAGGUGUGUGGGAAGGCCUUCAGCCAGAGCGCCAACCUCACCAACCACCAGCGGACUCACACAGGCGAGAAGCCCUACAGAUGCGGCGAGUGCGGCAAGGCCUUCAGCCAGAGCACCAAUCUCAUCAUCCACCAGAAGACCCACACGGGGGAGAAGCCGUAUAAAUGCAACGAGUGUGGGAAAUACUUCAGUGAGAGCUCAGCCCUCAUUCGACACCAUAUAAUUCACACCGGAGAAAAACCCUACGAAUGCAAUGAGUGUGGAAAAGCAUUUAACCAGAGCUCAUCCCUUAGUCAGCAUCAGAGAAUUCACACUGGUGUGAAACCCUACCAGUGCAGCCCGUGUGGGAAGGCCUUCCGGUGUAGCUCAGCUUUCAUUCGACAUCAGAGACUCCAUGCUGGAGAGGAGCUGGGGACAUGACCAGCGUAGAUGGGGACCUGACAGGUACUCUGAAUGCAUCCGGAGACAGCUAACUUGGUAGCCAGAGCCACAUGCAAAAAGUACCUUUAAUAAAGUCAGAAUUUUACGUGUUGCAUGUGAAAUGAAAGGUCGCAAUUCUUUCUCAACAUUUUCCACAAGCUUAAUUAUUCAGUGGGCCAAGUGCUUUGUGUAGCAAGCACUCCAGACACCUUGGUUUUUAAGUUGUGAGAGACGACCUGGUUCCUCCUUAAAGGCUGUUUUGGGUAAUGGUUCUGUUCUCUCCUUGAAUGCAGGCUGUUGCUAAAGAAACAAGAACACUGGCCAGGAAUGAGCCUUUCUCUAUAAUGGGGCCACUAAGGUGUCUGAUUUGGGGGAAUAAAUAAAUCCAAGAAAGGGCUUUUAGGGCCAACCAUUAAAUGCUGCAAUCUCAUUGGGGGUUGGUAAGGGAUUCACUCCCUCCCUAACACUGAUGACAUGAAAACCUAAACACAGACGCAACUCUGGAAACACUGCCGUGCCCCAUGUCCACUUGAUGCACUUCUAGUGCUUGUCACAGCUGUCAAGAAACCAGUCUGA